CACUUGUUUCAUGUCCUUUACAGUUCAGAUUUUCAAAUUGGCGUUUGUCCUUUCAGUGUAAAGUCAGACCUAUUUGUUUGCCAAACAGCUUUGAUCCGUUCUAGUGUCUAAGAGAAAGUGUUCGAUUUUCAGAUUUUAAUCGGAGAUGGCAGCUAUACUGAAGUUGGUGAGUAACGACGGCGAGGUAUUCGACGUGGAGGUCAAGGUCGCCUGCCAAUCAAAAGUACUCAAGGCCAUGUUACAGGACACGGGCGAUAUCGCCGAUGAUGAUGAGCCUGUGCCGUUGCCCCCUGUAAACGGCGCGACUUUGCGAAAGGUGAUAGAAUGGUGCACGCACUACCAGAACGAAAAUUUAGUGGAAGGGGAAGAUCUCCUAGACGAGAAUGAAAGAAUUAACAUUGAUAGCUGGGAUGAAGAAUUUUUGAAAGUAGACCAAGGAAUCCUCGUUGAGCUCAUGAAUGCGGCGAAUUACUUGGACAUAAAGGGACUUUUGGAUGCCGCUUGCAAGACUGUCGCUAAUAUGAUCAAAGGCAAGACUACCGAGGAGAUCCGGAAGACAUUCAACAUGGUGGGCGACUUCUCUUCCGACGAAGAGGAGGAGAUCCGCAAGGAGAACGCAUGGUUGCAAGACAAAUAGCUAAUAUGAUCAAAGGCAAGACUACCGAGGAGAUCCGGAAGACAUUCAACAUGGUGGGCGACUUCUCUUCCGACGAAGAGGAGGAGAUCCGCAAGGAGAAGGCAUGGUUGCAAGACAAAU